UACAAUAUUCAUAAGAUCGCUUUAUCUGAAAAGUGCCUCUCGGUACAAGAUCGCAAAGGCUCGAAAGAAAAAUGCAUCGCGGCGAAAUAUUCCAUAAUCUUGAUGCGACAGAGGAGACGGUUCGCCGGCGCAAGGGAGGGUGGCUCGGGGAUGGGAGCGGAAGGGAGGAGGCUUGGCGCGUGCACCAGCCACCAUCCACCCCGUCCGUUUGAAGCAGCGACGAAUGCCGCGGCCGCGGCGCCCGCGACCGCGGGCGCAUCGCAGAGGGGAUGGAUCUGCCGCAUAGCGUGCGGAUAUAGUGUGCCGAGAGGGAAACUCGGCGGCACGGUGACACGGUCGGGGAUAUCGCGCGUCAGUUGCUAUGCGUCCGGGUAAAGUGACGUACGCGCGCGAGGACCCGAGAACGAGCCGCCGUCCUUAGAGUCCUUGAGUCGCGUUCCCGUCCGCGAAGGGCGCGAGACGUGCCAGACGCUCACUCACUGCCCGAUUCUCUUUCCCGGCGACAACGACGACAGGAGCGUUCCUCCCCGGACGACGCGCUCAACUUCCAUGCGACGACGACCGCGGAUCCGACGCGAUUAGAGCACAUGGUCCGCCGAUCACGAUGACCAUGAUCGCGAAUCAAGCCGCGCCGAUCAUCGGCCUCGUCCUCGUCCUCGUCCUGGCGGCCACUUUUCAUCGCGGUGAAGCGAUAAUAUGUUAUCAAUGCAACAGCGAGUACGACCCAAGAUGUGGCGAUCCAUUCGAUCCGUACAGUCUGGGAACUGUCAACUGCAGCUUCCAGCCUCGUUUGGAACACCUCAGCCACUUAGAACCUACUCUUUGCCGAAAAAUCAGUUCAAGAAUAUACGGCAAGGUGAGGGUCGUGCGAAGCUGCGGCUACAUCACGGACGAGAAGGACAAUGGCGAGUGCCUUAUGAGGUCCGGCACCCACGACGUGCGCGCAUUUUAUUGCUCGUGCACCGGUGAUCUGUGCAACUCCGUCGAGAGUCUCCGCACGCCGUCCUUACUGCCAUUGGCGUCCCUCCUGACUGCCGUUCUGGCGAUACCGAGUCUGCUGCUGUCGUGCCCGCCUCUCUCUCGCCAGCCUAAUUCUGCCUAACAAUUGAUCGAGUCGCACGAAUCGAUGAAGAGAAUCCGAAUCGAUCCAGCCAUCGUCAUCGUCGCGCCGCCCGGACCGUUCGUAUAUCGAGAUACGCGAUUAGAUCAAAAACGCCACUUUCGAUUAUUACCGUCAAUUUCGCUACGGUCUCCCCGAUUCGAGAGAUUGAUAAGCAUCGAGAGAUCAACGGGAGAGAAAAUGCCGUUUCGAUUUUCAGCCUAAUCUUCCUCCGGCCUAAUCAAAUCCGGAUCAGACAAUGAUCAAGGCGCGUCAUCGCGUCGCUUCCACGAAUACUUUUUCCAUUUAAGCUACCGAAUUUUCGUCUCUUCCCCGUUCCGAGAUAUCCGAACUGUAUGUACAACGAAUCCGACACCACUUCCAGUAUUUUUCGGGAACCGAAAUUCUAUAGGUUUUCAAUCAGUGAAUUUUAAAAAUUUCCAAUUCUUUCUUCAUGUACUUAUAUUUACAAGACCCUUAAAGAAAGGAAAUAAUCUUUUAUAAUUUCGUUUUCUACAUUUUUUCUAUAGCUUUUUCUUCUCUUCUUUUUGGUAUUAUUUCUAAGAUUUCUUUACAAUUUCGAUAAAUUAAACUUUUUUCUCUCAAUAUAAUAAAUUUCGAAUUAAAUUCUCGAGUACUCGUACUCGAGAUCGACUUUGAUACAACUCGAGUGUACAUGUGAAAUGAACAUUGAGUACUCAAGAAUAUCGAAUAUUCUGUUACAUAGCUUUAAUAUCGAUUAACCUACGUACGAGAUGGACGACAUACAAUCCAAAUUAACGAUAGUAUCUCAUUGAGAGAAAUUGAAUUGAAUUGAGAGAAAACAAUACAAAUAUUAAUUUUUUUCUCUCUUCGAUAAAGUCCACAUAAGU